AUGGCGUGGCGGUGGGACAGAGUGGCCGCUCUGUUUUGCGUGCAGCUCGCCGUGUGUCUGGGCGUGCAGGGGCAGGGGAAAGGACCGCAAGAAUGCCGGUUCGACCAGCCGUGCAGCUUUCUGCGGGUCAGAGUUGAGGCGGGCGCGAAGGCCGAGACGCGGGAGGAAUACGUGGAGAACUGGGUGGCCGUCGGUCUUUUCGUGGUGAUCAUCUUGUUGUCCGUGGUGUUUGAGGUUUUCGUGGGGACUUUCGAAGAGUAUUUGCGGCGAAGACGGCUGGCGAAGCUGCAGGAAAUGCUGAACUGCGCGUUCAAAGAGCUCACGAUCCUGGGCUUCAUCAGCCUGUUCCUGUACGCCACGAUCCGGCUCGGAGCCGCGCGCAAGCUGAACGACAAGUACUUGGGAGUUUCCAAGACGGAAGAAGCUGCAGUGGCUGAGGCGGAGGCCCGCGGCGAAGAGCCCUACCCGCCCACGCACUUGACGGAAACUUUCGAAACAAUUCACGUUUUGAUCUUCAUGAUCAUGUUGGCCUUUUUGCUGCAGGUGGCGGCCCUCACGGCCCUCGGGCACCGCACAAUGCGCGCGUUGGAGCUGCUGGACUCCGAGUCUGAGGAGGAGCUGCACGCUGCUGCUGCAGCGCUUCUCCAGCUGCAGCCUGCUGCUGCAGCGCAGCUGCAGCAGGCGCUGCAGCACUGGGCGCUGCGCCAGCGCUUCGUCUUCGCAGCAAACCCCCUCAUGCCCAAGCCCAGGCUGCAGCAGCCAGGCUCUCCAGCCUUCUCUUUUGCUGCUUAUUUGAAUUAUUGUUUUGGCGAAAGUUUGGCGGCCAUGAUCGAGCUGCCCCCCAGCGUCCUCGUCCUCGCGCUGCUGCUGCUGCUGCUGCUGCGGCCCGCCCUCUCCCUCUCCGGCAGAGAAGUCAUUGCCUUCAUGGCUGCUGCUGCUUUCUUGCUGCUGCUGCUCACUUACUUUUCCUUCGCCUUCCUCAACUUCGUCGACUCCAAACUCCGUCCCGACUCGGGGGCCCUCCUGGCGCUCUUCGGGGCCCCCCCGGAGGCCCUCCCGGGGGCCCCCGGGGGCCCCCCCGGGGGCCCCCCGGGGGCCCCAGGGGGGCCCCCCGGGGGGCCCCAGGGGGCCCUUCACUGCCCCAUUGACGAAAGCCUACACCGCCGUGCUGCUCAUGUGCUGCUGCGCACAAGACUGCUGAGGACCUUCACGACUGCGUUUCACCUGGACUUUCUCGCCAGUGCCAAAACAAUAAGAGCAGUGGAGGCGGAGCAAGACAAAGGCGGCAAGAUCGAAAAUGCUGCAGCAGUGCAGCGGCAAAGCCUUCUUGCAGCUUUCCGGCGGCUCCCCCGCGAGGCCCAGGCCUACAUUAGGAGCCUUUUCACAAGUUUGGCGGAGCACUCUGAGAGGUUUCCGCAUGCAGAGGCCCCCGGCGUGGUGUCGCGACAGGCCAUGGAAGACAUCAUUAGGUGCACGAGAAUGGAAACACGCCCGAGCAGUGGCUACUUGCAGUUCGAAGACUUCAAAGCAUUUGUUGUUCUUCUGGGCUCUUUGGGCGUCGACAAAAAGGAGUAUCCGCAGCACCAGCGGGCGACUCUCGGGCGGCUCUUCGAGUUCCUGGACGCCGACGGAGACAGACAAAUUAAUGAAACCUCCGCUGGGCAAGGCCGAGCUGCUGGCGCUGCAGCAGCGCAUUUCCGAAGACGGCAGAGGCCGCAUCACAGAGGCCAGUCUGUUCGCCUGGGCGCGGCGGACUCGCCUGCGCUCGCGGGCCUUCGCUGGGCCAGCGGAGUAGCGGUGGACCACCCGAGUGGACCACUGGUCACCUCUGCAGCAGCAGCAGCAGCAGCAGCAGGCGACUCCCCGGCGGACAGGGAGUCUUGA